AUGCACCCACAUAAAGACAAUGACCUCCCCGAUAUCCAUCGUUACAUAACAACCCACAGCACAGAAGGCGAGGCAGUAUUCCUAUCGCACGCACAGAUCCCCGAUUACAUGCCCUCCCAACCAGCAGGAGGCGACGGCGAAAUUGCUCUCCUCUACGCGACAGAGACGGUCCCCACCUCACUAGAAGAUGAAGCCGAUAUCGCCAUGUACGACGAAUACCUCCACCUACCUCCCGGCUUAACAACGGACACAGGAUCGGUGUUCCGAAUGGUAGAUCUGAAGCCUGGGAAGAAAACGCCGAUGCAUCGAACUGUCAGUUUGGACUAUGGAGUCGUGUUGGAGGGCGAUGUCGAUCUUGUGCUUGAUUCUGGGGCGAGUCGUCAUUUGCAUCGGGGAGAUGUGUGUAUACAGCGUGGGACUGCGCAUGCAUUUCGAAAUCGGAGUGGAAAGGAAUGGUGCCGGCUGCUGUUUGUUUUUUUACCGAUACAGAAGUUGAGUUAUAGGGGCCGGGAAUUGGAAAAGGAGAUUUAUGGUGAGGGUUAUGAGGAGGGAGAUGAGUAG